AUGAAGUCGCCUCGCUACGACCGGAAUGAAUUCAUAUUCAACUUCUGCAUUGUGCUGAGCGAAGAGGACGAAUGGGGGACCUACAAGAGUGUGGUGCAGAAGUUGGCGCAUCUGAUGUGCGGGCUCGAAGAGCAGUCUGGCUUCUUGUCGAAGGAUACGUCCAAGGACGGAGAAGGCAAGGUAUAUAGCCUGUGCGAAACGCUGAUGGAGGAUCUGAAUAGUUAUUACGAGUGCAUGAUUCCAAUUGAUGAAUUGAAUACCCUUAAUGUCAAGCUGUUUCCUCUAUACCCUUCGCCGCCUAUCGUCAAAGCAUGGCAUGUUCCCCUUUUCACUGUUCGGUGUGAGACCUUCAUGGAUGAGAACUGGGACCUGACUAUGAGAAGGAUAGUUCCAUAUAUCAAUGGUAUUAAUAGCGUUCGGAAAAUAUCCAUUCUAUCUGAUGCUGAUUUCACCCUUACCUGCCGCGCAAUACGCCAUCUGAUAUACUACGGAUGUGCAUUCCUUCUGGAUAUAUUCUCAUUCUCCGCCAUCUAUGCUCCAACUGCGGAGUUUAGUUCUACUAUCGUCACAGACAAAAAGAUGCAGUGUGAAUGUGCACGACCUACUUCUACCCUGGGUACAUCUUCAUCUGCAUCCAAUCUUCAGAGGGCUUCGCUAUCACACUCCAGCCAUAAGGUAUCUGUACCCAAUGACGAUCCUUGGGUGGAACAUGACAGCAUCUGGCCAAAGAUCGAUACUUCCAUCCCGUCUACUUCAGGCGAGGGCUCAAGUAAAUUUAACUCGAGAACAAUCGUCGAUGGAGUCGGUCUCAUAGAGCUAUACUCGAGUUUAAAACAAGGCCAGACCGUCAAACAAUGGUACCUAAAACAUAUGCGCGAGCUUGCAAAUAUUGACGUCCGCCGUUUUAUCACCUUUGGUGUCAUCAAGGGCUUUUUGUACCGAGUGCAUAAAUAUCCCUUUGCUACAGGAAGGGUUAUACAAAACACCCACCAAAGAAGGCAGUCAAACCACUUCCCUUUAACUUCUCCUAUUGAGGGAUAUUCCAUUGGUGCCGCAACUGACCGGGUCGCCCACCCGUUCACCCGUGACCGCCUAGGCUCUACAGCUAGUGGUAUUGACCCCCUGUCAACCAGCAAACCACUAUCGAAAAAUACAUCUACCCUCUCCCCUCGAAGCCGAGCACGUAACCGUCGCUCGCUUCAUCGCUACGAUGAUGAGGGUAACGAUGGCGAUGAUGAUGGGUUUGGGGAUGAUGAUUCCGAGGGGGAGGAGGACGGUGAGGCAGGGGACUAUGGUAUAGACAACAAGACUCUUGCCAAGUACCUGGAUGGAACUCAUUGCUUUGAUGAAAUAUGCACGGAACUUGAGAUCACCGAUAAGGAGCUCACAGCUAGACUAAAGCGAUACCCACGAGAGGUUGUGAUCAUCCACUCGUAA